CAGGUCUAAUAGGGAGCAAAUCCGGCAUACAACAAUAAAAGCCUACCGAAGGAGGCAGAUCUAACUGAAUGUAGCUGCCAAUGAGUCGAAAGACAAGAGGAAAUCCUGACUGUGGCUAGCAGCGGUGCCCUAGGGUGCCUGAGAGUACACGGUUGUAAGUCCACCUUCCCGCCCACACCGGCGUCUCCACCCUAGGCGCUGUCACGCAGCUCCGGGGGUGAGCGGAGGGGAAGCGCACCAAACCAGCCAGUGGGGCCGAACGAGGCCGGCGAUGUGGGGUUGGUGGCGGAUAGUGCCGCGAAUAGCCCAGCGCUACCCGUGGCCCACAAACGUGCUGCUCUACGGGACUCUAUACUCCUCCGGGGACGCGCUGCAGCAGCUACUGCGGAGAUGCGAGCCCGACUGGCAGCAGACGCGGCACGUGGCCACCGUGGCCAUCGGCUUCCAUGCGAAUUUCAACUACGUGUGGAUGCAGUUCCUGGAGCGCGCGCUGCCGGGCCGCACGCCGCGCGCGGUGCUGUGCAAGGUGCUGUGUGACCAGCUGUUGGGCGGGCCCAUCGCGCUGAGCGCCUUCUAUACUGGCAUGAGUAUACUUCAGGGAAAAGAAGAUAAGUUUUUGGACCUGAGACAGAAAUUCUGGAAUACUUAUAAGACUGGUCUCAUGUACUGGCCUUUAAUGCAGCUUACCAACUUCUGUUUUGUUCCCAUUUACUUGAGAACAGCAUAUACAGGACUUUGUGGCUUUCUCUGGGCUAUCUUCCUUUGCUACUCCCAACAAAGUGGUGAUGGAACAUUGUGGUCAAUUUUUGCAUGGCUUAAGAAAAAGGAGGCCAAUGAAAAUGAAAGGUCUCCAGAGAAAUGAUUGCUUUUAAAUAAAUUCUACUAAUGAA